AACGCCGCCGCGGACGCGUUGUUGGCAGUUGUUCUGAGAGUGUGCUCAAGGGAGCACGUAGCAGACGGAAAGACCUCGGGCGUGUUUUGGUGUGUGUGUGCAUGUGUGUGUGAGUGACAGACUGGAAUAACUGAACAAUAGAUUGUUUGUGUGAAGGCCGCGUGCUACAAACGGCAAAAUGUUUGACGUGUUCGGCUCCGUGAAGGGGCUGCUGAAGCUGGACACAGUUUACAUCGACAACAAUAUAUUCAGGCUCCAUUACAAAGCCACCGUCAUCAUUUUGAUUGCGUUCUCGCUGCUAGUGACUUCAAGACAAUACAUCGGAGACCCUAUCGACUGCAUCGUGGACGAGAUCCCCCUUAACGUGAUGGAUACCUACUGCUGGAUUUACUCGACGUUCACCAUCCCCAACCGGGGCAAUGGCCGCAUCGGCAAGGAUGUGAUCCAGCCGGGGGUCGCCUCGCACACCGACCGGGACGAGAUCAAGUACCACAAGUACUACCAGUGGGUGUGCUUCGCCCUGUUCUUCCAGGCCAUCCUGUUCUACGUGCCCCGCUACCUGUGGAAGACGUGGGAGGGCGGCCGCAUCAAGAUGCUGGUCCUGGACCUCAACUGCCCUGUGGUGUCAGAGGACUGCAAGGAGGACCGCAAGAAGCUCUUGGUCGACUACUUCACCACCAAUCUACAUCAACAAAAUUUCUAUGCCUUCCGUUUCUUCAUCUGUGAGGCCCUCAACUUCGUGAAUGUGGUCGGACAGAUCUACUUCAUGGAUCUGUUCCUGGACGGAGAGUUCACCACCUACGGGUCUGAUGUAGUGAAAUUCACCGAGAUGGAGCCAGAAGAGCGAGGUGACCCCAUGUCCCGUGUGUUCCCCAAAGUUACCAAGUGCACCUUCCACAAAUAUGGUCCUUCCGGCUCAGUGCAGACCUUUGAUGGUCUUUGUGUGUUGCCGCUCAAUAUCGUGAAUGAGAAAAUUUAUGUGUUCCUGUGGUUCUGGUUUGUGCUACUUUCAAUCAGCACUGGUCUGAUGAUGGUGUACCGUGUUUGUGUUAUUGUCUUCAUGAAGAUGAGGAUGUAUCUGCUCCGCUCCCGUGCCCGUCUUGGACCAUUUGAGGAAAUCGAGACCAUCACAAAGAAGUGCCAGAUUGGUGACUGGUUCAUCCUAUACCAGCUGUCAAGGAAUAUCGACCCUCUCAUCUUCAAGGAAUUGAUAUCUGAUCUUGCCAAGAAAUUAGAAGGCAAAGAGCGGGUCUAAUGCAUUCAGAUUUUUUCUGACUUUUAUGGAACAAUUUAUUGCGACUCAUGAGUCACACCUUUAUUGCUCAGAGUUUUGGAGCCUAAAAUUCAUAUCCAACCUGUGUUCUUCAUUCCAUAUUUUUGUAAGCUGCAAGCCCUUUGGCUUGAUUCAGAUAUAGUUCAAAGAAUGUGUUCUGAGAUGGUUUAAGGAAACAUCAUUUGUCUACCUGAAGCAAUACAAUUGUUGUGUAUGAUGGGAGAAACCUUCCUGUGAUCAACAAGCUCAAAAGACUUCACAAUAUUCUGUUUCCUUUUAUUUGACUCUUUAUUUCAUAUGAAUUUUCCAAAUCAAGAGCUUCCUGCUCAUGUGAGGUAUUUUACAACCCAUGGGUAAUCGCUGAAUAGUAAAGUAGGUUUUUCUACUAUUGACAUUUUAUAAUAAUUUAUUUACAAACCUUUUGGAUUUUUCCUAUUUGUUUCAAAUGAGACUUGAUGUUUUAAUUAACUUGACCAAUUAAUUGUAUGUUGACUUCAAAGAGUGUGCUGCAUAGCAUUCCUUAUUCUCUAUAAAAUUUGACCUGUGUGUUUCAGAACUUUUACCCGUGAAAUGCAUGCCCUUUUUUUUGUCAUAUGUCAAUUACAAAGUAAUUUUAUAUGAAUCAACUUUCUGCUUGUUGACGCUCAAGAGAAAUUAGCAAUUAUUCCAUGAACCCAUUCCUUUUUACAAGGACAAAUUGUCUGCUGUUCUUUUUUUUUUUUACAUUUUUUUUUAUCAUUGUGUGUGUGGAGCAUUGUUUUGUUGGUGUGUAAAGUACCAUCCUAAGUCUGUACAAGAUCUUGAGUAGAUAUUGUUUAAAACAAUACAAGGGGAUUUUUUUGUUUUAUUUGUUUUUAAAUAAAAAUGAAAUUUGGAUGCUGUUGGCAGGGAGUUCAAUGCUUAGAGCAUUGGAUGUCCCAAAACCUCGGAAGACUAAACAUAGCCACUCCUUUUCUGCAUUUCAUCUGUAAAAUUAACAAAUGUAUUUAUAAAUGGACUUUGUGUCUCAUAAUCCUGUUGUGUUCAUGCUUAGUUGUAAUAUAGGUACAAUGUAAGGCAAUUGGCAGCUAAAUUCCACCAGACUGGAAGUGUACUUUAUUUUGUCUUGUUAAUUAGUUAUCAAGUUAUAAGACCCUGCCAUGAUUUUAUUUCAAAAGUUAAGAGUGACAUUUAAAUCCUCAUGGUGUUAGGCAUGCUGACUAGCUGGAUGUUUCUCCAUUUGUACAUAAUUAUUGUAAAUACCAUCAUCAAAGUGAAAAUUGAAUGUUCUGUAGGAGUGAACUUCAAUCUGUUUUUAUGAUUGCCGAAGAUCUCACACUGCCCCAAUGUAGACAUUAUUUAUAUUUUAUACAUUUACUUCCGAUGGUUUAUUUAUAUUUGAUGGUUCAGUCUUAAUUUUGAACCAAUGGAUUGAUGUCGUCAUUUGAGGUUUUGGGACUAUGCAGUUAAGAACAUGCUUGCUCUGUUCUUUAUGUUUUGAAGACAUCUCAUUUUGCCUUGAGAUAAUUCUUAAAUUUAUUGCUACAUGUAUCAAUAAGGCUCAAGAAUGAGCUGUCUCAUAGGCAUUAUGCUAAGUUGCAUUUCGUUAUGCCUGCCAUGUCACAGCUGUUAUUAUACCUAUCAAUUUGCCCAAUAAUGUUCGUGAUUAGUGGGAGGGUUGAUUAAGUUAGGGAUAAUUGGCUGACAACUUAUCAGAGCAAUCGCUGUUUCAGUCAUUGUAGGGUUGGAAAUAUUUUUCCCUUUGUUUUGAGAUUUAUCCACAAAUUUAAGGUGUUUUUGAAACAAUUUUGCUUUGUGAUAUUUGUCGACAUUAUCACUCAUUCUGCAGAAGACUCGUCAGUUUGUUCUCUUUGCUGUUAUGAUGUGAAAUGCAUUGUUUGUGUGAAUGUGUGUGUGUGCAUGAGUGCUAAUUUUAAAGAGGUGUACACCGUUAUCCAUAUUGUGAUCUUAGUAUAUUAUAUCUAGUUUAUUGUAUUUUUUUACUGCUGUGUAAAAAUUAUUUAGGAAUUAUGUUUGCUGGGUUGUCCCUUCAUUGGAUAUGGGACAAAUUGACUUCUUUCAAAGGGAGGAGCAAUUUCUAAAUCAAAUUUCAAGUCGUAUUUAUACAAUUUUUUUUUUAAAACAAAACUGCAUUUAAAAAUAAAUUUGCAGUUUUUAACUGUUGAGGACAUCUUUAUUGUACAGCCAACUGCAUAUAUUUGAAUCUGAUUUAAUGCUCAUAGCGUUUUCAUUUUUGUGGGAUAUUCUCUGACGUAAGUGGUGCAUAUGAGUACGAUCACCAAAUGUGCCUUCUUUAUUAUUGUACCUUUUGUAAUGUAGGUUUCAAAUUUUCUGUCAAGAUUCCAAUUGUUACAUACAAGUCUGAUAUUAAGUAUUAAUGUAGAGUUUGCACAAAGUUUUUGUACUUGUUCUAUUGGGACCAUAUUGUACUCUUUCGUUACGGCAAGGUACCGCCAUCUAAAGGCAGUUGGCAUACAGACUCCUCUACAAGUCGAACUGAGCCAGCAUCGUACAUUCCCAAGGCAAUGCAGUAUCAUUUAUAUCAACUUUCAUGCCCGUUGCCUUGUACAGUUGUAAAUUUCUCUCAGUAACAAAUAAAUUUUACAAGUGCUUAGAUUGAAAA